AUGUUGGAGGGCGACCUAGAUGAGAAGAUAAAGGAGAAUGUGAGGCUGUUGGAGAUCAUAAAAGAGCAAAAGGAGAAGUUGGCUAAGGCGGAGAAAGAUGUAACCCGGGAGAGGGAGACGGCCCGUGAGAAGGAGGCGGCACGAGAGAAGGAGGCGGCACGAGAGAAGGAGGCGGCACGAGAGAAGGAGGCGGCUCGGGAGAAGGAGGCCGUGCCCAAACCGAGUUCUCGGUUUGGUUGGGAGAGCCUAAGAGAUUACAGCACGACGUGGGAGGAGGAGGGUCAGUUGGUGGACAAGAUGGUGCGUGAAGACAUAAGUUGGGUGUCGGAGGGUAAGGAGGCGGCAGUGGGUUGGACGGAGUUGUUCCAGAGGACGGUGAACGGUGAGACAAAGGCGGCGGCGUUAGAGGAGGUUUUGGUGCAGGAUCAGCAAUUGCUCCAUAGUCGUUUCGGUGUACUACAUAUUGCGGCCUUGUCGGGGAACAACGACUUGGUCGCAUAUUGGUUGAAUGAAGGUGUGAGCCCUACCUCUACGGACGGCCGCGGGAACAACGUGCUCAUGCUCUCCCUUAUGGCCCCGGUUUUUCGGGAAUCGGGUCUCGGAUUUGUCCAGGGGGAAGAACUCGGCGUUGUGCAGACCGUUAUGGACUGGCUUGUGGGAAUGAACGGCGACCCGAGCACUGAUCCUGGCACCGCCCGAAGCGGCGACGGUGUGAACCGGAGCGGUGACGGUCUCAGCCGUGAAGGGAAGCACGCGGCUGCUACGGGGCGGUCUGUAUCUGCUGGAAAUCGCUUUGCCGCAGCGACCAAGUUGCUGCUAGCUCCGAAUAAAAGCGGACUCAAACUAUACGGCACGCCACUGGAACGGUAUCUGAUCGAGGCCCUGGAGACGUUGUCUGCGCACCGGUCGUUGUCGUCUUUGCAGAAUGACGCGGAAAUGUGUUUGUUCGAAAAAUACUUUAAGAUCUUAAAACGUUACAACGUCAAACUACGUUACCAUAAUAGCGCACCACUGUUGAUUGAGAUGAUUGAUCAGAACAAAAAUAAUACCAUUACUUAUAAUCCGAUCAAUCCCAAAUAUCGGUUUGGUGAUGAGACGAUCCAGUAUUAUGAUAUGCUGGGGUGCGACCAACUUGGCUACAGCCAACUCGCUUCUUACCUGGCUCCGCCUCCCCCCGGCAGUGGUAGCUCCUCACCCGCUAAGACACCCAGCAGCUCCUCCACUCCCAACCGCGUCCCAUCUGGCGAUCAGUCGCCAACCGGUUUAUUGGGAGACGUCCUUGGCGGCCUCACUGGCUCCCGUCGCCCCCUGGAGACCUCACCACUCAUCUUCAGCUGCAUCGUCACCCUCGUACAAGUCUCUCCCUGCAUCGAAAAACAACAGGCCAACCUCUGCCUCUCAAAAGGCGUACUCUACCUUCACUCUGUACCCGCCAUGAGUCCCCGAGCCUCGCUACCCAAGAACAUACCCAUCGCACAAAUGACUAGAUACCCCCUUGUUAACCUCACUCUCCUCCACGUCAUGAGCGGCUACGAAGGACUCGUGCUUCUCAGAUUCACCAACUACAACGACCUUGUCAUAGAAACUAAAUUCAAAUCUC